CCUGCCGGCACCUGCUCCAGCUCUCAGCUCAGCAUGGCAUCCCUGCUGCCCAUCCACACCAUGCCCUUGAUCCUGAUUCUACUGGCUGUUCUGGCCCCAGGAACUGCAGACUUCAACAUCUCAACCCUCUCUGGUCUGCUGUCCCCUGCGCUGACGGAGAGCCUGCUGGUUGCCUUGCCACCCUGUCACCUUACAGGAGGCAAUGCCACACUGAUGGUCCGGCGGGCCAAUGACAGCAAAGUGGUGACGUCCAGCUUCCUGGUGCCUCCAUGCCGAGGGCGCAGGGAGCUGGUGAGUGUGGUGGACAGUGGGGCUGGCUUCACAGUCACUCGGCUCAGUGCAUACCAGGUGACAAACCUCGUGCCAGAAACCAAAUACUACAUUUCCUACCUAGUGAAGAAGGGAUCAUCCACUGAGUCCAGUAGAGAGAUCCCAAUGUCAACUCUUCCUCGAAGAAAUAUGGAGUCCAUUGGGCUGGGAAUGGCCCGAACAGGGGGCAUGGUGGUCAUCACAGUACUGCUCUCCGUUUCCAUGUUCCUGCUGGUUCUGGGCCUCAUCAUCAGCCUGGCACUGGGUGCCCGAAAGUGAGGAGGCGCACCUGGGGCAGUGGCCUCCUCCAGGAAGUCCAGAGCACUGUCCAUUUAUUUCCCCAACCUUCCUCCUCCCAGGCCUCAGUUACUGGCUUCUUUGGUGCCCUUACAUCUCCUUCCCAGCCCCCCAGCCCCUUCCUCCCUCUGUCCUUCUCUCUGCCCCCAAUGACUCACCUUCCAACACUCCCUAUUAUUCCCCUCACCCCACUGCUAUCGGAGUUGGCUCUCUUCCCAUUUUACCACCUAAUACCCUCCCCAUAACAAUCCACCCUUCCUUCAGCAAAGUUAAGUCCCUACAAUAAAGGCUGA